AUGAACAAGGCAGUUGAUGAAUCCACCUCGGGUUGUAACAAAAAGACUGAAAAAGUCGAUAAACUAAUUUAUGAUGCUCAAGUUUUCAUGGAGAAAUUCGAAAACUCCUUUGAGUCCAACACUGCUAAAGCCAACGAAAUAUUUUCUGGCCUAGGCUUUUCUCUAAAAAUUGAAAUGGCAAAAUUUCAAGAGGUUCGUACUGGUCUUCAAAAUGACCAUGAAAAGUUCCAGUCUUCUAUUACCUCUCAGUUCUCAAAGCUUCAUGAAGAUUUGGCAAUGGAAAACAAAAUCAUGGAUGCCUUUGCCCUCAAGACGGAAAAGGUGAAAGUCCUAACAAUUAAGCUUGACAACGCUGAAAAACAGACUUUAGCCAAGACAACUCCUUUAGUAAAGCCAAAGGUUAAAAUCGAACCAGAGCCUAAAGGAAAAGAGAAGCUUUUCUCAUAUGAGCCAAUCAUAGAUGAUAGUGAAGAAGAGGAGCUUGAUGAAGAAGAACUAAAAAGGAGAAAGGCUCGAGAAGCUGAGUUAGAUGAACAUCAGCGAAUUCAGAGUAAAGCUAGUGACUCUCCGAAUCAAUAUUUGUUAGAACCAUUUGUGUUAUUUGAACUUCAAAAUACUCAAUACUUGCAACUGGAUCUUCCAAUAACUCCCACGGCUUUCGAAUUUCGCUCCUUUAUCAAAGUUGGAAAUGUUCAAUCUAUUGAAAAUAGUGCUGAUCAACUACUCUUAGCAUUCUAUCUCAAGCACAUGAGGCCUCAGAACGAGACAUGGAGUGCAAGAAAGAUAACGAUAGUGAAAGUGACUGGACCAAUUGAAAAAGAAAGUUUUCCGAAUGCAAAAUUCAAAGUUGUCAGAGGUUUUGCGAGUCAAGUUCAUGAAUUCACUCUUGCAGACCUGCCGUGUAUCAACCCAUACAACUGGAUCAUGCUUUACAAUCUAUUGAUGCCAGAAGAGCAGAAGAAUGAGCCUGUUCUUAGUCACCUCAAGCUUAUGAUCAUUUCCUAUAUUCAAGAGGUGGAACUAUGGAUGUCGAGAUAG